UGGAGCACCGCUCGGCGGUGUUGCAGAGAUGUCCAUCCCCGCUGUCUGCUGCUGAACACGGAACUCAACUCGCUGCUGCAUCUCUGAAUUGGACGAGGUUUAAUCCUAAGGAGAAGACUUGAUCGUACCUGGACUGACGGGUGGUGUAGUCGCCUUCAAUCAUGUUCCGCUUGCGGGCUCUGUCCGCAGUCUCAGUGGGACUGACCCAGCUGUCCCGCCGCUAUCACAGCGGGGCGGCCAGCACAUCUGGCCGGAGGAGGCUGAUGCUGGCCGCUCUGGCUGGUGUAACUGGUGCGUCUGCGAGUGCUGGACUUCUCUGGAACAGAGCAUAUGCUGAUGCAGGACCUUCUGUUCAACACUCUGAGCGAGUGGCUGGAGAGGAAGCCGAUUUCGUGAGGGACGCAGACUCUGAGAAAUCGGUGGAGUCCAGCAGCGGAGACGAGGGAGCGCAAGACGAAGAGGGGAAGAAGAAGAAACCCCGCUCAGGAUUCCGUGACCGCAAGGUGAUGGAAUAUGAGAACAGAAUCAGGGCGUACUCGACUCCAGACAAGAUUUUCCGCUAUUUCGCCACUCUGAAGGUCAUCAACGAGCAAGGGGAUGCUGAGGUCUACAUGACCCCACAGGACUUCAUCCGCUCCAUUACACCCAAUGAGAAGCAGCCUGAGAAUCUCGGCCUGGAUCAGUUCAUUGUAAAACGCUAUGAUGGGAAGGACUUCUGGCAGACGGAGAAAAUUGCCCAGGAGAGAGAGAAGUUUGCAGAUGAGGACAGCAUAUUUUACACAUUAGGAGAAUGUGGUCUUAUCUCCUUUUCUGACUACAUUUUCCUCACUACAGUGCUGUCCACUCCCCAGAGGAACUUUGAGAUUGCUUUCAAGAUGUUUGACCUGAAUGGCGAUGGAGAAGUGGACCUAGAGGAGUUUGAACAGGUCCAGAGCAUCAUUCGAUCCCAGACCAGCAUGGGCAUGCGGCACCGUGACCGCUCCACCACAGGAAACACUCUGAAGACGGCCGGCUGCAGCUCUGCUCUCACCACUUAUUUCUUUGGAGAGGACCUGAAGGGAAAACUCACUAUUGGCAGCUUUCUGGAGUUUCAGAGGAAACUGCAACACGAUGUGCUCAAACUAGAGUUUGAGAGGAACGACCCGGUGGACGGCAGGAUCACGGAGAGGCAGUUUGGAGGGAUGCUGCUGGCGUACAGCGGCGUCCAGUCACGGAAACUUAAGCAGAUGCAGAAGGGCUUGAAGAAGAUGUUUAAGGAUGCACAGGGAAUCACUUUUGAGGAGGUGGAGAAUUUCUUUACCUUUCUAAAGAACGUGAACGAUGUGGACACAGCACUUAGUUUCUACCACAUGGCUGGAGCUUCAAUAGAUAAAGACUGCAGCUGUGAGCACAUUUAAAUCCAGGACCUGCUUCUGCACACAUGACAGACAAUUUCCUGCAGUACAGGUUACUGAUUCCCACCGACACAUGGCGGCAUCCUCAUGGGUCGUUGCACGGUGGAGGGGGGCAGUCCUGAGGCAUAAAUACGUGGUUUCCCUCAGAAAAUACCAGGAGUACUCCUGCUAAGGAUGUUUAAAAAUUUAAAAUAAAUGCAUCUCUUGUUGCAUUUAUUAAUCUCAUGCUUAAAAAAUAGGUAUAUAUAUACUUUAAUCUGAGCACAUUUAUUUAGUGGAGGCUGUACAUCACUUUACCACAAUCUGUAUAAAAUAGAUGAAACUGAAGCAUUUUUAAAUAGUAUUCUUUGAUCACAAAUUCAAUAUUUCUAGAAAGUUUCAUCAACUUCAAAAACAAUGACUUCUUGUUUAUCUACGGUCUAAACAUGACCCGACACAGAUGCCCCAAUUUUUUCAAAACUUGGAAAAAAGACACAAUUUCAUAUGACGGCAUGGCAGCAGAGCAGAAAGAGAAGAAGGAAGUUCAAACCUCAUUUUUUCCAUCAAUCAAAUGGGAAAAGUUCAAAUCCACGACUCAGUUUUUAUAUCCGGCUUUCUAACCGUAUGAUCAAAGAUUUAAAGAGGAGCGGCAAAAGGAAGUGAGGUGCAUUAGCAGUACUUGCUAACAACUGAUGGUUUCAUCCAGGACAUGGAACUGUAGAAUAUCUUCUCUGCUGCAUUGAAAUUGAGAUGUUAGGUUGUCAGCAACAGUCCGCAGACAGAGGCUUCUUCAGAUUUGUUGCAAGACUGACUGCUAGGGGAGGUCCUUCCUGCCCACAGCAUCACCUUCCACGGCGACUCUGAAGAUACUUGGAUGAUACGAGUUACAACAUUUAAUUUCUCUUUGGGAUAAAUAAAGUAUUUUUUAAUUGAAGCCUUUAUUUUGCAGCAACAGAAUUAAGAGAAGAAGCCAUGACAAAGCAGCUUUUAAAUGACUAGCAGUACAGGAAAGGCAGAGGAGGAGACUGCUCUUGUUACACCCACUUCAGGUUUUUAGAUAUCUCACUAUUAAUCAUACACAUUCCUCUUGGGUUCACUACUCACUUUGCUUUAACUGGAAACCUUUUUAAAAUGCACUGCAUCAUGAACCUCAAUGAAAAAAACUAAAAACCUGUGACCUCUGCCAGAAAACCAGGAAUAGGUCAUCAGUUGCUCUUUCCACUGGAUAAUGAUCCAAAACAUAUGUCCAUAUUUACAUAGGUGGUUCACCGGACACAAAGCUAACCUUUCUCAGUCCUCAGAUAUAAAUCCUGUUAAACUCAUGGCAAGCUGAA